AUGACAUCACUGAGACGUACGGUGACGUCAAGCUCCACUAUAUUUGUAUUGUUUGAGGCAGGUUGGGCUGCAGUCAACGGCAGGUUAAGAGAACUGCCAGGCAGGAUGUUGCGGCUUCGCUGUAAGACCAAAAACGGGAGCCAUCUAAUGCAGGGCUUGACUCAUCAGUCCUGUGUGCAGGAGCUUAAGAAUAAGGUGGAGGAGUUGACAGGGAUCCCCUGUGAUGUGCAGAAAAUAAUGGUGGGUUACCCACCAUCCUGUCUCGAUCUACAAAAUGGAGAUGCUCAUCUAAAGGACUACCCCAUCAAAUCAGGAGACACACUCAUUGUUGAGGAGGAAAAGAACAAGCCAAAGCCUCCUCCAGAACACCCCACAGCAAAGGUCCCACGUCUGGAAUCGCCCCCUGUGCUGAAACGUCGGGUCGUGCCCGCUGACAACUCCUGCCUCUUCACUAGUGUUUAUUAUGUGGUGGAAGGAGGUGUGUAUGACCCUGCCUGUGCCCCCGAGAUGCGUGGCCUUAUCGCUCAGAUCGUAUCCAGUGACCCUGCCGCAUAUUGUGAGGCUGUGCUGGGAAAAACCAACGAGGAGUACUGCUCCUGGAUAAAGCGCGAUGACACCUGGGGGGGUGCCAUCGAGGUGUCCAUCCUCUCCAAGUUUUACCAGUGCGAGAUCUGCGUGGUGGACACUCAGACGGUCCGAGUUGAUCGGUUCGGAGAGGACGCCGGCUACCACAAACGGGUGUUGCUCAUCUACGACGGCAUUCACUAUGACCCGCUGCAGAAAGAGAUCCCCGCCUCUGACAGCCCGCCUCAGACUAUCUUCUCCACCACAGACGACAUAAUCUUGGCCCAGGCCCUCGAGUUGGCCGACGAGGCGCGCCGCAAGCGCCAGUUCACGGACGUUAACCGCUUCUCCCUGCGCUGCAUGGUGUGUCAGACGGGCCUGGUGGGACAGAAGGAAGCUCGUGAGCACGCCAAGGAGACGGGCCACACCAACUUUGGAGAAGUGUGACCUUUUUUUUUUUUCCUAUCACGAAUACAACAACCAUCUACCCCCCCACCCCACCCCACCCCCCUACACCCUGUCUGGAAACUGUUGGUUUGUCUACUUGUGUGAUCCUCUACCUCACAUUGCCCAGUGACGUCUUUGGAGAAUCUGCAGAUGCUUCAUUUAGCCUCCAGCCUUUUUAAGUAUUACGUUUUAACUGCUGAAAAUCUGAAACGUCACUGCGAAUCUCCGAUGUCACUAAACCAUCAUGUUAGUCCUUUAGAGAUGGUUACAAAUCUAUUAAACUGGGUCAAGUAAGAUAUGCAGACUAAUUUCUUGGCGUUGUUUUGCUCUGUCGACAAACAAAUGUUGAGCGGAAAAUCACCACAUUGCCACUACUAACCAAGUGUCUGAGCAAACCUUUGUAAGCCGGAGACUCUACAAAGUCUCUCUACAAAGGAUUUUUUAAACAACCACUAAGAAAUAAUUGCGCUGCAAUGUGGUCCCACUCACUGUUGUCUUAAACACAGCACAGCAAGUAUGACUGUUAUUCAUCAUGUCGGUUUUUGUAGCAUUUAAGUUCAACCUGAAAUCCUCCCUGUAGUGGGAUUGCUUGUUUACGCUCAGCCGUAUAAAUGUCCAGCGUGCGUAGCUCGUGUCCAUGCUUAUCUGGAGUCAUCUGUGAAGCUGGUCUGAAUCCACUGAGCAGUGGUCACUGAGAUUACGCAUUCUGAAGUUCAAUAUAGUUUAACAAACUGUGGUCCAAAAAUGUAUUUUGUCUCUUUUCUUAUUCUUCAUCAACGAGUACCUUUUACUGGAUGUAAAGACGUCAUUGACGUAGACAUAUUUUCCAAAAUCUGUAGCUCGUAACUCGUUUUCACUGGACGGGUUUAUUUUUUUGAGGAGCGUUACUUUUAACCCCAGUGUGCAAACUUUACGUCAUCAUGCUGUAAAACAAACUUUUACUCUCUCAGUGUUUUUUAAUUGCUGCAUAUAUUUUACAAAGAAGAAUGGACAGAAAGGAGAGAUGUGGCGUAUUAGUGCGAAAUCUGAAACCAGUGUGAGGAGGCAUCUUGUCUGAGAUUAGUUUUACUCGCCUGCUCACAUUUCUCUUUCAGGUGCAUUUUACCAUCCACAACUACUGACCUGUUCGCAUCACAAUCAGGUUGGGCUGUCUGAUUUAGGGUUUCUAAGCAGGUUAAGUUCUGAUGCUGUGCCUUCAGAUCUUACCGGGUUAAUAUGUUGGGUAUCGCUUUGUUUUUAAUUAGCACUGUUUCACUGUAUGUAUGCACAACUGGAACAUGUUGUCAUGUUUUGAGUUGAAGUCAUCAUCUCUGUGUGCGUGCUUGCAGUAAAAUUAAUUAUGUCAGAAAUGUUUGACCGAGCAGGUUACGAACAAAUUGAUGAGAUUAGUGGUGCACAGCCAGUAUUUCUGUUUCAAAUACAUUAGACGGCACUAUUGGUCCUAAGUUGUUGCCAAAGGUUUAACAGUGGAAGAAUUGUUUGGAGUGUUUGAUCAUUUUAUCUUUUGGUUUACUUUUAAAUGGGGUUGGGAAUAAAUGAGAAGCCAAGCAAAAAUGUUCCUUUUUAUGUGAAAUCUCCAUAUGAAAGUGUUUUUUUUUUUUUACAGUGAUUUUCAAGUAUCGACUUGCAAAAAGGUGACACUAAAACAGUUUGUUUACAUCUAACAAAGUUCUCAGACUAACAAUGGUGAAUGUUUCACACAAAGCACUAUGGAAUUACUGGAUUUACUUGAUUCUUUUUUUUUUCUCAGUGUUGUCACAAUUAAAAGUUAUAGCCAACAGUGUGGUGCCUGUGUGUCUUUGUUUAAACAGUUUUAAUGUUGCUUUCCAUUAAAGAUGAUGGAAGACAAAA